AUGCCGGAGAAGAAAAAGCCUGUAGUUAUUAUGACGAUUGGCAUGGCUGGCGCAGGAAAAACUACGUUUGUCCAAAGGAUCAACUCGUAUUUACACUCACUGGAACCUCCUUCGCCACCGUACAUCCUCAACCUGGACCCUGCAGUAACGAAUAUCCCGUUCGAAGCAAAUAUUGAUAUACGGGAUACUAUCGACUACCACGAGGUGAUGAAGCAAUACAACCUCGGUCCGAACGGAGGGAUUUUGACCGCCCUCAAUCUCUUCACCACGAAAUUUGACCAGGUGCUGGGUCUUGUAGAGAAGCGUGCAGAGGACGUCGACUAUGUGAUCCUCGAUACUCCGGGUCAAAUAGAGAUUUUCACCUGGUCUGCCUCGGGUGCGAUCAUCACAGAUGCAGUGGCCUCUUCUUUACCGACGGUCGUUGCAUACAUAAUCGACACACCACGGACCACUGCUCCUGCUACUUUCAUGUCAAAUAUGCUAUAUGCGUGCAGCAUCCUUUACAAAACAAAGUUGCCCUUCAUCCUGGUCUUCAACAAAACAGAUGUCCAGCCGCAUGACUUUGCCGUCGAAUGGAUGCACGAUUUCGAAGCCUUUCAAGAGGCUCUUGCCACACAUCGGGGGACGACGGACGCAGAGGGCGAGCCGACAUACAUGAACAGCCUCAUGAAUAGCAUGAGCCUGGUGCUCGACGAAUUUUACAAACACUUGACCGCCGUGGGCGUCUCAAGCAUGACAGGUGCAGGUAUAAAGGAGUUCUUCGACGCUGUGAAAGCAUCUCGAACAGAAUACGAGAACGAAUACCUCCCGGAACUGGAACGCGCGAAAGCGGCCCGCGAGCAGACGCUGCAAGCCACCAAAGACGACUCCAUGAAUAGACUCAUGAAGGACCUCACAGUAGACCGUGCACGCAACCCGAAUGCGGCGGCAUUUGAUCGAUGGGAACGGAACGAGGAGGAAGAGGAAGAAGACGACACGGAGAUGAACAUCAUUGACCGCAGUGAGGAGCAUUGGCCAGGGCAGUACAUCGACGUCACAAGGAUGCGGCGGGGGGAUGAUGAGGGAGUCAACUGGCCACGACCUGGCUGA